AUGGCUGCCGUACUGCAAGGCCACCAGGUGCAUCCUGAGGGUCGAACUUGGAAAAGUCACUUCCCCAAUGGAGAUCUCUGGAUUUGGGCACUCUUCCAGGAUGAUGGGUCUCUAACAAACAUUCCCAAUCCCCAGAUCAGCGGGUACCAGGAUACAUUAGUGGCUACGUACGACGAUUUUGGCAGUACUGAUCACCGAGGUACACCCGAGCGCCCAGGGCGGGUAGUGACAGUUAUCGAACGCAAAUUCUGGGAAACGCUAGACGAUCCGCUUGCUCUUGGAUCCGAGACAGAGGCAGCAUCUACAGUUUGGGGUGCAGCGUAUCACAUUCCUGCCUCACAUGCCGAGGAAGUCCAUGAUUAUCUGGAUGAACGUGAGAUUGACGGUUACAGCGCUCACUACACUCCCUUCCAUCCUGUGUCAAAUGCGAUAUCUACACCUACAUCUCGCGGGGAGAAUGGGCCGACUCCGAUCAUUUGUAUGGUUUAUAUUGGCCAGCCGUCUAACCCGCAAUUUUUGCGUGAUCCAGCCCGUCGGGAUCCCCAGGAUGUGGCUCAGGUAAUCAGUGCUGGACAUGGUCUGAGCGGGAAGAAUGCAGAGUAUUUGUUCAUGUUGGAACAGGCACUUGAGGGCAUUGGGCUUGGAACGGCUGAUAUUCACGUCACUGAUUUGGUGCGUCGGGUGAAAGCCAUUGAGACUGGUGACCAGGUGGAGGCUGAGGAAUACAAGGCGGAGCUGGAGAUCAAGAAAUCUUUAGCUUCUACUCACGAUGAGUUAGAUGGGAACAGGAACACAAUUGAAUGA